CCGUUGUGAGCCAUUUCUCCUUUCGAGCGAGGACGGAGAAAAAUAACUCAGGAGUCGUUGUCGUCCGUUAAGAUUUGCGCUUGUCGACAUGCCAGCAGGUCAUGGUGCUGCUCUGAUGCUAGAGUCUGCCCGUAGAAACACUACUGCAGUGGAUGGCCCAUCCUACCUGGGCUACGAGGAGCUGUGGAAGAGAAUGAUAGGUGGUGUCAUUAUUGUGGGGCCUCCUGUGCCUGCAGUUAUCCCGCCAAACCACCCCGUGACUCUGAAGAUCGUAGCAGAAGGGAGUGGUCCACUGAACUACCAGUGGUUCACCUUUAAAAAUGAAGAGAUAAUCGAGGUGCCCAACGGGACAGCUGCUGACCUGGUGGUGUGUCUGAAGAAGUCCAAGAGCUAUGUGUGCAGAGUGAGUGACCAGCACUUGCAGUGCGUCUUCAGCGAGUGGAUCAAGGUCGACGUGUUGGAUUGUCCUUCCACAGGGCUGGCAGCUAACUGGGAUGGGGCGCCCCACGUGGCCGUGCACCCCGAGUCCCAGAAGGUGAAGCCAGGGAAGAGGGUGACCCUCAGCUGCGCCGCCUUUGGAAACCCCGCCCCCAACUACCAGUGGUACCGCAACGGACACAUCCUGAACGACCAGAACACUAAGGCACUCCAGAUAGAGAAGGCAAGUGCGGAGGAUGCCGGCUCGUAUCUUUGCUGUGUGACUAAUGUAAACGGGGAGUCCUGGACAGAAGCGGCUGAGAUUGAAAUGGUGACGUCUGAGCAGCCAUCUGUGUCACGGCCUACAGCGACAGACAAGGUGGCGCUCCUGAUUGGCAACCUGAACUACGCGCACCACCCUCCGCUGAUGGCGCCCACCAUGGACGUGUACGAGCUGGCGCAGCACCUGCGGCAACUGGGCUUCCGGGUGGUGUCCCUGCUGGAUCUCACCAAGGACGAGAUGAACGCUGCCAUAGACAAGUUCCUGCAGCUGCUCGACAGGGGCGUCUACGGGCUGUUCUACUAUGCGGGUCAUGGCUACGAGACCUCUGGCAAUAACUACAUGGUGCCCAUCGAUGCCCCGCGGCCCUACACCACCACCAACUGCGUAUGCGUGCAGCGCGUCAUGAAGAGCAUGCAGAGCAAAGGCACGGCCCUCAACGUCAUCCUGCUCGACACCUGCCGCAAGUGGGACAAGAGGUACAGGCAUGCUGUCUCAGAGGUCAUGCCUCAGGCUCCGCUCGGCAACACAGUGUAUGGAUACGCUACGUGUGAGGAUGCGGAGGCCUACGAGGUGCAGGACACUAAAGGCAAGAGCACCGGCAUCUUCACCAAGUACCUCAACAAACACAUACUCAAGCCACAGAAGGUCACACACAUCCUGGAGCAGGUGCAAGAAGACUUGGGCCAGGACGUGCUGGUGAGGGGGAAGCAGGUGUGUGAGGUCCAGCACACCUUGAUGGAGGCGCGGGCGCUCACAGACCCCGUCAAGACAGCCGGGCACACCUGUGAGGUGCGCGUCAGGGACAGCUGCUGGAGGAGGGCCAAUGUGUUACCCAAGCGUGAGCGUCUGGUGUUCCCCUGCGGUGUGGUGGUGGAGCUCAGCUUCUCAGCCCUCUUCUCCAACGUCAUGGUGGUGUUCGCCACGGUGAAGGACACGGGUGACAAGGCCCAGGACUGUGCAGUCAGCCUGGAGAGCUCUCCGAGACUAGAAGACAUAUUCUCCGGGCCCGAGCGGUCAGACGAUCUCGACUCUCUUCUGAUGAGCCAGGCUGACAAUGCAGACUCAACUCUGAGGCUAUGCUGUCUUCAGAGGCUACAGAGGGCGCUGGAGAUCAAGGUGACGGUGCGAUACAGUGACGCUGGCCAGGGGCGGCGCAGGCUGACGGAGAGCCGGGUGGUGCCCGUGGGGAUGCCCCUGGUGGCCGCGUGCUGUAUGACGUCCUCCCCGGGCGCCGCGGGCCACGAGCCAGCCCCCCGUUCUUACAGCAACCGACCUACACAGCAGCGAGAAGCCGCACGGACACACUCGCCACGGCCACACACGCGCAAGGCGGAGAACCGGCUAGACAGCAGACCUGACACCAGGCUGGACAGCAGCAGCAGCAGCAGCAGGGCAUGGAGACCUACAUCCAGCCGCAACCAACCAGAGGAGAACGACGAGAGCGACCUUCAACUGUGACCUCCAAGUGACCUCUACAGGUCGUGAUGACCUUGACCUGUCGAACUUACCGUGAAGAGAAUAAUGACAGUGACACUCAGGACUGUAGAUGUCGUGAUGAAAGUGACCAGUAGAAAUGACCUUGAGGUCACCUUCAACUGUGACCUUCAACAGUGAGCACAAGAGGUGAUGAUGACAUUGACCUCUAGAAGUUACCUUGAAGAGAGCAAUGAGAGUGAUGUCCAGGAGUGGCCUGUAGAUGUUGUGAUGAAAGUCACGUCUAAAUGACCUCUAGAAAUGACCUCCCGAGAUGACCAUUGAAGUGACCACGAGAACAUUUGUAAUGUCUUGAUGUUUCAGUAACCCAAACAGUGAUGAUCUUCAUGAAGCACUUUUCCAGGAUCAUGGUUUUGAAGGGCGAUACAAUAUCAUAACACAUCAUCAAAUGCAGGCCUACCGACUACAUAUGAAGACCUCAAAGAUUUUAAUAAAAUGAAUUACAACAAAACAUAACGGUAAUAAAAGGAAAGCAAACUUUCCAAAAAGCAAACCAGUUUUCGAUGGACAGACUCGCUGGCUGUCCAACACAGCGGCUUUAAGAGCCACUGCACAUGACCAAAAACAAUAAAGCAUUGAUGUAAUUAUGUGAUGAAAUAAAUAUAAUUUGUCAGACAAAUCUCAGGAGGGAUGUAAAAGAACAUGCAAUAGUGAUUCCUUUGUUGUGACGGUAGAUGGUUUUCUUGUGUUGUCUUUGGUUUUUGUGUUUGUGCUUGAUAGCACUUUAAAAGGGGAAGGACAUCUUAAACAGAUGUACGUACGCGCUACUUGAUGUCGGUGUUCACUGAUGCUUUGAUAUGCUUUGAAUGAUGCUUUACUAAUCAAGGACCUAAAGAGACAUGUACCUAAUGGGCAUGUCACAUGUAGAAAUGUUAAUUAAGUAUGUUUUAUCUGUGAUGAAUGUUUGGUGCAUAUCCUUGUUAAUGUUCCAAUAAAUUACCAGAUGCCAGAUCAUUAUCACGUCAUUUUGACGUUAAUCCACUUGUUAUUUUUAAAAUAUGCUUUUCUAUUUGUUUCAUUUUCUUUACAAUGAAUUCAGACAGAAAAUUCUUCUCAUGCAUUUUCGGCUCUCUUGAGUUCAGUUCAGUUCACAGUGGAAAUGUAGUUCUCAAAUUAAAUCUUAUUUAUUUCACUGAA